AUGACUGGUAAAACAAAAGAAGAAGUUCAUAAGGAAUUGUUUGCUGCUGGAGUUACUGGCGACUUAUUAAAUUCACUUGCAUUGCAUAAAAGUUUCAAGGGUAAUCGUCCAUCUAAUUCCAUUGUGUUCACCAAAUUGACACCAUAUAUUUUGGGCGCUUUGAUUGCUAUGUAUGAACAUAAGAUAUUUGUUCAAGGAAUUAUAUGGAAUAUUAAUUCUUUUGAUCAAUGGGGUGUGGAGCUGGGAAAAGUGUUAGCCAAGAAAAUUCAACCAGAAUUAACUACCAAUGAGCUGGUUACUAGUCAUGACUCUUCAACAAAUGGAUUAAUUGCAUUUAUUAAAAAUCAUCGAAAGUAA